GCUCAAGAUACAACGAUUUUAAAAAGAUAAAAUCGACUAAAAUAAAACUGAUCAAAUGGGAAAACUCACGACCUUGAAGGGCAAAUUAAAAGACGAAGGCUCUCAAAUGAAACUCAAUAUGGUUCAUUUGUGUAGCUCCGAGAAUGACAAAAUCAUUGACAAAGCUAUCUUCAAAGCCACGACUCAUACCUCACACGACCCACCUUCCGACAAAUACGUCACUUUCCUCCAGUCAACUGUUGACACGUCUUACGGUCCGCAGGCCGUCACUGCGAUCGUGCAGAGACUGUGUUUGACGAAGGACGUGCGCGUGGCGGCUCAAUGUCUUAUUCUUCUCCAUAAAAUGGUUAAAUCAGAAAAUGGUUAUAGAGAAGAAGAAGAUAGUAUUCGUAAUUUGAUUUAUAAUCAGGGAGGGAGCAAUCUUAAUUUGAAUGAUCUUAAUGAAGAUUCAUCUAGUUUUGCUAAAGAGUUGUCCCCAUGGGUUCAAUGGUACAAACUAUAUUUAGAUUGUUUCUUAUUCAAUGCGGGGGUUUUAGGCGUUACUCCAAAUAUAAAAGAAAAUUCAGAAGAGAAGCGUGUGGAAGCUGAACGAGUCGCGUCUUACACAACCGAUUGCAUUUUCGAACAAACCGAUUUCUUAGUGGAUGUAUUCGAGUAUAUAAGUGGCAGACCAGAAACUCCGACGGAUAAACCGAACAGAAUCGUUAUUGAGAUGAUAGAACUAGUGGUAAAAGACUACUUCUCGGUCAUGAGAUUGAUCAAAAUAAGGUUAGAAGAAUUGAACGAGAGACCAGACCGACCAGACGAGUUUGUUUCGGUUUUGGUGAGGCUUGAAAAUUGUAUGGAGGGUUUGAGCGAGUUUUCUUGGCGAAACAAAAAUUCGAAUGAAGAUUUUUGGUCUUUGGUAUUGGAAUUAAAAGAUGGGUAACGUUAGAAACCAAAAGAUUCGUGGGAUAAUAAUGGUCCGGUUCGGUCAAUAAAAACUCUUCCAACUUUGCAUGUAAAAGCUGGUCCAUGCCAUCUCUUUAGUUGGAUUUUGAAUAUUAAAAUAUUUGCUAUGAAUAAGUAUAUAAUAAAAUUUUCUAAGUAAUCCA